UUUCAACGCUGAUUGGUGGUUGGUUGGACCCCGCCCUUGUGUUGUUGAAUUCUUCCGACCACGCAUGCUCAGUAGCACGCGGAACGGCAGCAUGGCUGAAGCAGAAUCCCUCGGUUUCCAAGACAUGGGGCUCGACCCCCGGCUUCUGCAGGCAGUCGCCGACCUGGGCUGGUCGCGCCCUACGCUGAUCCAGGAGAAAGCCAUCCCGCUGGCCUUGGAGGGGAAGGAUCUUUUGGCUCGGGCCCGCACAGGCUCGGGGAAGACUGCCGCCUACGCCAUUCCGAUGCUGCAGCUGCUCCUCCAUAGGAAGGCGGUGAGCAGGGGCAGGGAAGCCGGUCCAGCCAUAGAGCAGGCAGUGAGAGGCCUUGUCCUCGUGCCCACCAAGGAACUGGCACGGCAGGCCCAGUCCAUGAUCCAGCAGCUCGCUGCCUACUGUGCUCGAGACAUCCGAGUGGCCAAUGUGUCAGCUGCUGAAGACUUAGCUUCUCAGAGAGCCGUGCUGAUGGAGAAGCCUGACGUGGUGGUUGGGACCCCGUCUCGAAUACUGAACCACUUGCAGCAGGACAGCUUGAAGCUGCGGGAUUCCCUAGAGCUGCUGGUGGUUGAUGAGGCCGAUCUUCUUUUCUCCUUUGGCUUUGAGGAGGAACUCAAGAGUCUUCUCUGCCACUUGCCCCGGAUUUACCAGGCUUUUCUGAUGUCAGCUACUUUUAACGAGGAUGUACAAGCACUUAAGGAGCUGGUCCUUCACAAUCCGGUUACCCUCAAGUUACAGGAGUCACAGCUGCCAGGGUCAGACCAGUUGCAGCAGUUCCAGGUGGUCUGUGAGACCGAGGAAGAUAAGUUUCUGUUGCUGUAUGCACUGCUCAAACUGUCACUGGUUCGGGGCAAGUCACUGCUAUUUGUCAACACCCUGGAGAGGAGUUACCGGCUGCGUCUGUUCCUGGAGCAGUUCAGCAUCCCCACCUGUGUGCUCAAUGGAGAGCUCCCACUGCGCUCCAGAUGUCACAUCAUCUCACAGUUCAACCAAGGCUUCUAUGACUGUGUUAUAGCAACUGAUGCUGAAGUCCUGGUUUCCACAGUCAAGGGCAAGCAGCGGGGCCGAGGGAGCAAGGGGGACAAGGCCUCAGAUCCUGAGGCAGGUGUGGCCCGAGGCAUCGACUUCCACCAUGUGAGUGCCGUGCUCAACUUUGACCUGCCCCCCACCCCGGAGGCUUAUAUCCAUCGUGCGGGCAGGACGGCGCGUGCCAACAACCCGGGCACAGUCUUGACCUUCGUGCUGCCCACAGAGCAGUCCCACCUGGGCAAGAUUGAGCAUCUGCUCAGCGGAGAGAACGGGUCACCCGUCCUGCUUCCCUAUCAGUUUCGCAUGGAGGAGAUUGAGGGCUUCCGCUACCGCUGUAGGGACGCCAUGCGCUCGGUGACCAAGCAGGCCAUCCGAGAGGCCCGGCUAAAGGAGAUCAAGGAAGAGCUUCUGCACUCGGAGAAGCUCAAGACAUACUUUGAAGACAACCCCAGGGACCUCCAGCUGCUGCGGCACGACCUGCCCCUGCACCCAGCCGUGGUGAAGCCCCAUCUGGGCCACGUCCCUGAUUACUUGGUCCCUCCCACCCUGCGUGGCCUUGUGCAACCUCACAAGAAACGGAAGAAGCUUCCUUCGUCACAGAAGGGCAGGAGGAUGAAGACUCAGAACCCACUGCGCAGCUUCAAGCACAGAAGAGAGAAGACCAGACCCUCAGCCAAGCCCUCCUGAGGGCAACAGGCCUCCUGGACUGUCUUCAGGGUCCCCUCUGGCCUGAGCAGAGUGGGGAGUGGGAGUCCUGCCACCCCCACCCUGUGUGGACUAUUUGUGGGGCAGCUGGAGUUGUGGACUUGCGCUGCCACCGGCACCCCUUACAGCAAAAUAAAAGAGUCCAGCCGCCCUG